CGGGGCGAGAGCCAGUUGUGCGCCCCAGUCUGUCUGAGGCUUGGGAGUUUGAAGGAGCGAUUGCCGUGUUAGCCGUCAAUAAAGAACAGAGGACUCAAGUGACCCUUAACAGGAUGUUUUUACUUGGCAGUGGACUCAUGGGCAACUCCUCGGCCUCCUUCAUGGGGACGUUCCUGGCCAGCAGUCUCGGCUCCCCCCCCUCACACCCCCCACACCCCUCCAGACCUCCGUCUUCUCCCGCCUCUCCUUCUUAUCGUGGGGGUCCUCACUCCAGCGCCUCGCAGAUCUGGUUCCCCCACUCGCAUGAAGCAGUCCCAGGGUAUCCUCGCUUCUCAGGGAGUCUAGCCCACACCUUUCUUCCCAUAAGCCAUUUGGAUCACCAUGCCAACAGCGGGGUCCUCUAUGGACAGCACCGUUUUUAUGAUACACAAAAAGAGAACUUCUAUUUACGAAGCCUCCCGUCCCAGCCCCCACUCAUAUCAGCCAAUCACAACAUCCAGCCAAUGUCAAGGGCAGGAUCAGGACAACCCCAGGGCUCCUGCAGCAGGGACAGGGAUGCGGGGAGUGGGGUGAUCCUACACAAGGGCCUUAAAGAUCCUAGCUUAGACAGAGGUGUGGUUUCAGCUGCAAAGGAUAAAGACAGGUCUAGUAGUAAACAUGAUUCUAAAGACCGCCAUCACCACCAACUACCCCAUCAUCACUCCCAUCAACCCCAGCUCCACCCACAACAUCCAGUCACUAUGGAAGAGAUGAAUGCCAGGGGACACAAAGCCACUCUACCUAUGGAGUACAAGGAGCAUCCACAAAGCAUGGGAAAGCCUCUUAGUGCCUGUCUGCUCAAUGGAAAGAUGCAAAAUGGGGACCAUGGGACUGGGGCAAAGGGCUCCAUGACUUCUUGCAUUGGGGAUGGGGUGGGUAGAGGUAAUGUAGGGUCCAAUAAUGUCCAAAACAGACAUUUGGGUGGUGGCACUAACGGCCGCUGUGGUAAAGAGGCAAUAAGUGGGGAGAUGCGGAUCAGUGAACAGACUCCCACGGACUGUCUUGAGCGAGGUCAAACACUGCACCAUUCUUUGUCCUACUCAGUGCCUCCUCCGCUACCCAUGGCUUCAGCUGCUGGAGGGGGGCAUCCUGGUGGUUUCCAUUGUCUACAGCUCCAUCCUGGCCACCCCCAUCAUGCACACCACAACCGCCACUCACACCAUCACCCUGACUUUUUCUGCCCUCCACCGCCAGCCCCCAUGGGAAAUACUUCCUUACAUGAUAAAGGGAUCAAUAGUGGUGGUUGCAGAGACCCCAAAGUGACUGGAGCCACGUUUGUACCAUCUGUUAGCCACCUCGGGGAGAAAACCGGAGGCCCCUUCCAGAUGGGCGGCUCUGAGUGCCAGGGGGUUGGCGGCGGAGGGAACGGUGUCAAGGACAAGGCAAUGGAAAAGGCUGGCAAUGGGGGGCAUCAUGGUAACUGGCCGAGGAAACAACAGCAACAGCAACAACCUCCAACCCAGCAACAGCAUUCUUACAGAAAAGCUGAAAAAGCCCCUGACUGGAUGCAUAACCACAACCACCACCAUCAUCUACAGCAGCAGCAACAGCAACAACAACAACAACAGCAGAGCCAUUCCCAGCAACACCAGACUGUGCGCUCCCGCAGUGCUGACUGCAUCAACAGUAUGGAAACGGACAUCUACAGAUCGGCACUGACUCAAGAGACAAAGGCUGUCCAUCCUUUACCCAAUCAAUCCAACACCAGUUCCCAGCCCUACAGGGAUUGCUCACACUCGGGGCCUCCAACCAUUCCCUCACCUCUUGCUGGGAAGAACAUGGCCCAGCACAUGGGUGGUGGAGGAGGACAUGGAAGCUGCUCCAUGCAUCGAGAUGGACAAAAAGUUGCCCGCAUUCGUCACCAACAGCACAAUAGGGCUGGUCCGGAUACCCCUGGCACUGACAUGGCCCAGGCUAAUGGAAACCAGGAGAUGAAGCAGAAAAUGGAAAUACCUUACGGCUACAACAACAGUUCACACCAUCACCCACAUCAGCAACCAUCAGUGCUGCAUUGGGACAUGCAACCUCAUCACAUCCACUCUGAAGAGAACCAGCACAAAGCGUACAUGGAGCCUAACAGUGGAGCUACCAACAACAGACCGCCUACACAACAGCAGCACCAGACAGCAGGAAUGGGCCCCCCUCCUCCUCCGCCCGUUCAUCCAGCUCCUCCUCAAAACCAGCAGGAGGUCGCAAGCUCACAGGGAGAGACUAGUGCUAUGAAGAACCUUCUGAAGUACAGCAACCAGCAGCCUCUCCUGCUGUCCCAGAAGAGCCCGUUUGGAGGGCUCGGGAGCCUCAAAACUGGGCCAAAUGGCACCAGUUGCUCUCUUCAAGGAGGCAAGCAGACCCUACCCUCGAGGAAAGCCCAAAGCCAUGAAAACGAGCGAGCUGAUUGCGGAGGACGUGGGCGAGAGAUAGGAGAAGCCCCACAUGUUGAGGGCGAGGUGCGACAGCCUCCGGUUGGGAUUGCAGUUGCUGUUGCAAGACAGAGAGACCCCCCAUGCCAAGCAUCGGGCACCCAUCCCAGCGCUCGACAGGGGCGGGUCCACUCCACCAUGAAAGGCACUCCACGCUCCAUGUAUCCUUCAGAUUCACCAGGAGAGGAGGAGAGGAAAAGGACAAGUGUAGAGCACAUGGGCCACCGGUGCCUAGAGAGAGAACGAGACGUGUUUAUCAGGGAUAACAAGGAAAGAGUGGAAUUUGCACACAUCCAUCCCUCUAACAGUUGCCAUGGGGACCUCACUUCUCAUAUCAUGGUGCCAGGUGGCACUUCAAUGCAGUCAAGCCAAUUAGGAGACCCGGCUGCUCACACACACUCUGCGCACCACCACUGGAUGCCACGCACAGGCAGUCCCUCCCUCUGGAUGACCGGUCACUCCUAUGGUAUUGGCCACACAGCUCUCCAUCAGAAUCUCCCCCCUGGGUUUUCGGCGGCCAUGCCUGCCCCUCUUCAGCCAGUCCUGCCCCUGCCCCAGGACCCCUCUGCCCAACUGGUGGUGCUGCCCAGUGAGCCUGCCACACACCCAGCCUCACAUCUCGAUGUGAUGGAGCAGUCUGGCCUGUGGCCCCCAGUCUACAGGGCCCGAGGGGCCCAUUCCCACAUGCAGCAUCCCGCUGUGUAUCCUCGCUCGCAGUUUCUACGCCAACAGGAGCUUUACGCUCUCCAACAACACCAGCAGCUUCAGCAUCAGCAACACCCGAGCCAUCACACGCCACCACCUCCAUCACACAGAGCUGCAAACACCACAGAGCUACAGCAGAGAGCCAGAGUCGACCACAGCCAGGUGCAAAAGAAACCAGAAGAGCAGAGCAUGGAUCUAGAAGACAUCCUAUCAGAUCCAAGGACUCCCAAACCUGCUAAAUGCUAUUCCUACGGCCCGUCCAACCGGGCCUCGUCUCCUCCCAGGGGAUCCACUGCACACCUGUCCCCUUGCUGCCGGUCCCCUUGUAUGCGACCUCACCCUAAAAGCACCCCCUCUACUCCCUGUCCCGCCCCGAGUCCGGUCGCUGUGACGCCGCGCUCCCCGGCCAUCAGCCCUUCCCCAUCACAGCUGCCCAAAGCUGUGGAGUCCCAGGAGAAGAGGGUGGAAGGCCAGCCGCCCCAGGACUAUCCUCAGUCCAUGGAGCCUGAUUUGCCACCUGGAUAUACCUAUCCAGAAAUCACCAUGGGAUACAGGAACGGCCCCAGCGCUCAAGAUGUACAGCUCGCAGAGCCCGCGGAUCUCGAGGACGUUCAGACCCGACCCGUUGAACACACUCCUCCAGCUCUUUCCAGCUUGGGAGAGGGCCUAGACUGCCAAGCAAUGGUGAGGCCUCUCCAAGAGCCAACGAUGCAGGUCGACGCCACACGCCCGGCCGAGGACCAGCCCGAGGGUGUGUUUGAGCAAGGGGACGAUGUGGAGACGAGAUGCUGUGAACCCGUACAGGCUAAUCAGGAAAAGGAGCGCGUCGAGAUCAUUUGCACACCUGUUGAAGCUUCAGACUGUGAAGUAGGACCUACCCUGUUAUCUGAGGAGGAAAUCCAUCAAGAGGAGCCAACUGUUACCUUUGAGGAAGGAGUGGGUGAAGAUAUUCUUCAGUCUUCCAGUCUAGAGACACUAAAGGAACCGGAACCAUUACCACAACAACCAUGCGUCUCUGAUUGUUCACCAAACGCCAUCGUCCAAGCAGAGGUUGCUGUGGUUGAUGAGGAGGAUCACAAGGAAAUCUGUGCCACGGUUGAGUCUCCAACUUGCUCCCAGAGUCCCACGUCGAGUUACUGGAGUCUGGAGCUCCUGAUUGCGGCAGCUUUCUGUGGAGACUGUCCUCCUCCCUCUCCUCCCGUCUCCUACCAAUCCCCGGGAUCCUGCGUCCCGCUGAACUCGUCCUGUCACGGCAUGGAGCUGCUCAGUGAGCUGGCGGAUCUCGAACUGCAGCGCUAUCACCAGAGCUGCAGUAAAACUCCAGGAGAAGAUCAGUGGAUUUUCGACCUGCAGAGUCUGGCCACGCUGGCAGCCGCUCGCGCUCUUGAGUUGGGCUCUCAGGACGGCGGCGCCACAGAUGUGGAGAUGCAGUUUCCGGCUAGAAGAUCUCUCAACUUGCGCAGAAAAUGCAGCUGGACACCUCGCCAUGAGCCGGUGUGUCCAGUGAAAGGUGUGGACAGUAUGGAUGGGCAGGAGUUGGAGAUGCGUGUGAGGCUGGCAGAGCUGCAACAGCGCUACAAAGAGAAGCAGAAAGAGCUGGCCAAACUCCAGAGAAAGCAUGACCACCAGAAAGAGGAGACUCCUCGCAGCCCAGCACGUCGAGGCCCUGGUAGACCACGCAAACGUAAAUCAGUCCCUGGUCUCGGCUCCGGGACCCUCAACGACCCUCAGAAACGAGUAAAGUUGGUGGGGGCGGGGCUAAGUCCACUAGAGGAGCACCGGGGAGCUGGAGACUCUCAGAAGAAGAAGAAGAAACUGUCCAAUCGAGGGUUUGGCCGUCUCAGCUCUUCACAGAUGAAGUCACAGUGUUAUAGGAAGAAUAGCACCCUUGAUCAACAGAUAACUCACCUCAAGCAGAAGGCGUCCGGUGGACGACACACUCCUGCUUCCAGGGACCCCGAGUUCUCCUUGUCCUCUAAGAGCCUGUACUCGGGCCACAGUAACUCUAAGAGGGAUUCCUCACGGCUCAGCGGAGCCAACGAGUCCGAGAGCCUGAGCGAUACAGCCACGAGUGGGGACAGCGGGACACAGGAGUGCUGGAAGAGGCACGAGCCAGUGGCGGUGAAAAGGGAAAGGAAGAAAAGUCCCGGAUCAGCAGCUGGUUUGCCAGGGUCCAGGAUCCCGCAGGCCAGGGGCGCGGGAGUGGACGAGGACGGAGAGACGUCUCCUCUGGAGAGCGAGUCCUCUGAGCAAGAGGAAGAUGAAGAGGAAGGCAGUUACGCCAGCGAGGAGGGCCGCGAGAUCAAGGUCUCGGCGCUGAGGGAUCUCUCGGUCACCGGCCCGUCCCCUUUCUCUGUGGUCAAACUGGAAGCCAAUCAGAAGGCGAAGAUUAAGCGGGAACGACAAGAACUUUAUGGAUCUCAGUUUCGUGCCGUAACAGAAGGGGACGUGAAGGUGAAGCGACGGGCCCCCUGUAGACCCGUGCCCGUGCCCAAGCCUCUCGGGGUCAGGAGGAGGCCAGGCCGGCCCAGACUGCAGGACAAGCACUGGCCGGGUCACUACAGGAAGACCAGCAGCCUCCUCUCGUUCCCCAGCAGCGGCAGCGAGAGGCUGAAGAGAGCCACGAGGAAGAGCUCCAUGCUCAGAGCCACGAGGAGAAGUUACGUGUCGGCCGAGGCCCAGUCUGCGGACAGCGAUGAUAACAGCGGCACUCGCAGAACCAGGCUUCGAGAGUCGAAGGGUCGAGCGGUCAGCCGUCUCAUGGAGAGUUUUGCAGCGGACGAGGGCUUCCACCUGGGGGAGGACAGUAGCUUCUCUGAGGAGGAUGAGGAGAGAAACGGCUCGUCAAAUGGCAGAUUUGCUCCAGCUCCUCCGAACUGUGUUCUGACCAAAGAGCUUCUGACCGUCGGACUCAAGGUUCUGAUCACCAAAGAAGAUGAGCUACUGUACGCCGCCCGUGUGCAGCCUCUGGAGUCGCCCGAUGUCUACAGUAUUGUUAUCGACAGGGAGCGAGGAAACCGACCCAGAAUCUACUCCCUGGAGCAGCUCUUGCAGGAAGCCGUACUGGACGUACGCCCUGACACCGAGACUGUGCUAACAGAAGGGACUAGAGUGUGUGCUUACUGGAGUGAGCGCUCACGUUGUCUUUACCCGGGAUAUGUGCGCAGGGGUGGUGAUGAAGGUAAACCCGGUGGGGUUAUGGUGGAGUUUGAUGAUGGAGACAGAGGAUGGAUCUCUCUCUCUAAUAUUCGCUUUCUUCCUCCCGGAUAUCAAAUCCAAAGCACUGAGUCGAGUCCUGUGCUUGUCCCUGAGGGACGGCUUGGCAAAAAUAUCUCCAUGCAAGGAAGCAGGAUGGCAAGAACAGACAGAUUCAAAGCUCAGGAUAAGCCAGUCAGAAGACCAGGGAGGCCUAAAGGUUCAGGGCUAAAGAAGUCUCUCUCGGACAGUGUAGCCAAGAGCUCAACAUCUGCUAUUUCAUGGCCAUCAAUGGCUGCACCCAGGAAGAGAAUCCCUGUUAACAUUUUCCAGCUCAACGGCUCCUCUUCGAAGAAGUCCUUGAAAGGCAGGGUGAUGGAAACAUCCUCCCGACCUUCGUUAUCCAUGAUGACCCCAACCAAAGGCCUCUUUAGCAGUAGCUCUUUCGAGGUAGACUCCUUCAGCAGCAUAGCUAACGGUUAUUCAUCCUUUGGUAGUCAGAUAUCCGGGAUUUCACUAGAGGGCAGGAACACCUCUUAUGGUCAAAAGAAGAGGAUUGAGGAGCCAGCACCACCUCGGGGCAAGAAAACAGAGUUUCUAGUCAAACUGGACCAUGAGGGAGUAACAUCUCCAAAGACCAAGAACGGUAAGGCUCUCCUGUUGUUGGGAGCCUCAGGAUUUGGCUCCAAUGGUGUAGGUGGUCUUCCCAGGGCAGAGGCGUAUUCACACCCAGUUCUGCUGGUCAAAGACAAUAGGAAAGGUGACGGCUCACGAGCAGAGCUCCUGUUGAAAGGGACAUCAGUCCAGAGGAAGCCUUCGCCAUCAAUACCCAUUGAGUAUGGAGACUUGAACAUUGGCUGCCACAGAGACUGCCAAAGCUCCUACUCGGACAUGGACGAGGAAGAAGAAGAUGUGAAGACUAGGGCAGGACUUGCUUCUGCCUCUGGAGGUUUGAGAACAGCUGGCCAAUUUCUCUCUCGCAUCUCGGUCUCCUCGUCUUCCUCAGGAUCCUCCAGCUCCUCCAGCUCAGGCUCUCUUUCGAGCUCCAGUCUGUGCUCUUCUGAAAACGACUCUUCUUACAGCUCGGAGGAUGAGGAAAGCUCAACGUUGCUCCUCCAGAGUUGCCUGACUCCCCAUCAUUCAUUGCUCCAGACCCCUGAACCCCCCGUGGGACCCGUACGACACUCCUUUGUGGCCAAAGCUGUGGCCGUGUCCGCUGCCAAAGAAGGGCAUAGCAACCACAGUGCUAGCGGCAAGCCACCGAAGAGGAAAGACUGUCCCGGUUCACACUCGAAAACCUCCAAAGAUCUGGUUAAGAGGCAACGGCUUCUAGCAGAGCAGAUCAAGCCCAGAGUGUCACCAAUCCUGCCAUCUAGACAGCUGUGGAGGUGGUCAGGAAACCCCACACAACGGCGUGGACGUAAGGGAAAGGCACGGAAGCUUUUCUACAAGGCCAUAGUGCGUGGCAAGGACGUGGUUCGGGUCGGAGACUGUGCUGUGUUUCUUUCCACCGGCCAGCCUCACCUGCCGUUGAUCGGCUGCAUCGAGAGCUUCUGGGAGUCGUGGCAGAACAGCAUGGUCGUGAAGGUCAAGUGGUUCUAUCACCCUGAAGAGACCAAGCUAGACAAGAGACAUCGUGAUGGCAAACAUGCCUUGUACCAGUCCUGCCAUGAGGAUGAGAACGACGUCCAGACAAUCUCUCAUAAGUGCCAGGUGGUCACACGCGAGGAGUACGAGCGAUUGACCCGCAACAGGAGGCCUGACGGGAGCUUUCACGACCUGUACUACCUGGCCGGCACCUACGACCCCACCAGUGGACAACUGCUCACUGCAAACGGCAUGUCCCUACUCUGUUAGCACUGGACUUCGGGAUACUACUGAGUUUCUUUGGGCCAAAGUCAGAGAUGCAUUGGAGAUAAGAAGCUGGCCUGCACUGGACGCUCUGACGGAGGACCUGGAAGUAUACCCAUAAACUCUGGGAAGA